AUGGAGAACUUCUGUCAGAUAAGAACGUUAAGGAGUUCUACAGACGUGUGGCUCACCAAAAGCACACGCUCAUUAACAGAUAAAGAUGGUGGAUUGGACCUGAUGCUGUUUGUUGAGCAGUACGACUACAUGCGGGGACCUCAGACCUCAGCCGGGGCUCUUGUCGUCAUCACUGACCAAAGCGAAACCGAGGCUUUAGCAAAGGAACAGGGCAUCGGGGUGAACGUCGGUCAGUCUGUGUCUAUUGGUCUUCAAAAGAGUGAAGUCUUCGAACUUCCCCAUCCAUACGGCUCAUGUGGAAUUACUGAGUUGGAAAACUACCCUGAUGACGUCCCUUACACCUACCAGAAAUGUCAACUCAACUGUCUGACGUCAUUCAUCAAGAGGACGUGUGGCUGUGUCUGGAUAAUGGAUUUUCAAAAUUCCAUACUUUUCAAGGUUUUCCAGACUGCGUACGAACCGUGUUCACAAUAG